AUGAAAUUUGGGAAAACCUUUGCUAAUCAUCGAAUUCCUGAGUGGUCAACCCAAUAUGUGGGCUAUAAGUCAUUGAAGAAAAUGAUAAAGGAAAUAACAAGACUUCAAGAGGACAUAUACAGGAAUUAUAACAGGAAUAACUAUGAUGAAAACGGGCCACCAACGAAAAUGAGAGACUCGGCUAAUAGCGCUCAGAAUUAUUUAGAUUCCCCAAAAGUACAGAAGUCAUUGGGAUCUUUUUUCUUUGCAAUCGAUAGGGAUAUUGAAAAAGUUGACACAUUUUAUAAUUUCCAAUAUGCUGAAUAUAAAAAGAGAUUUGAAAGGUUACUUUUGUCUAACCAAUUUAAUGAAAUAAAACUGACUUCAGAGGACAAUGUCAAUGCCGAAGAUGGGGUAGCACAAACCUUACUCGCAAAGGAUACAUGUGAGAUUGAUCAACUUUUAAAAGGAGCCGGCCAAGCUAAUCGCACACCUUACCACAAAGAUGAUUUGAUAGAGAUUCAGUCUAUUCUCGCUGACUUGACGAAGCAAUUCAGGAAUUUGAAAUGGUAUGCAGAACUGAAUAAAAGGGCUUUUAUCAAGAUUCUAAAGAAAUUAGACAAGAAAGUUGGCACCAAUCAACAAAGGUCAUCUUUGGAAACUAGAAUCUUACCAUUACAAUUUGCUGAUGAUGCCCUCAUAACUAAAGAUCUGAGUUUGCUAAAAAAAGUUUGGGAACAAGUGACGUUAAAAAUAAACGCAUACGAAAAGUUAACUAAUAAUUCCACACUUAGUGCAAAUGUAAGUGAAAAUGUGGAGUUUUUCAAAGUAAUUUCCAUUUUUAUUGAAGACGAUAAUAGCAAAGGCCUCAUUAGAGAGUUGACGAACCUAUACUCGGAACUGUCUUCGAUCCCCACAAGAAUAAUGAUUAAUGUAUUGAAUAAAGCUGCAUUAUCAAAAUCAUUGGCAUGUAUUGAUGCUAUUCUAAAUGUUAUUCCUUCGUUAAAUGAUUCAGAAGACAUUAAUAAAAGAAAUUUUUUCCACCACCAUAUAAUUGCAUUAGGUAAGUUAAUUGGAAGGCAAGACGUUUCGGAUAGGAAGAGGGUGUCACAGCCCUCUAAAUAUACCAGUAAUAACGGAGAGAUUAUAACUGAUUUAAACACUUUGCAUAAUAUUUUAGCCGUAUCAGUAGAAUCAGAUGUUACAGAGGAGGAAAAGAAGUCUGCCCUGACGAUUUCCUAUAUUUUAAAGAAAUUACCAGUUCAUUUAACACCAUGCCUUUUUCAACAUGAUAAUUAUAAAAGAACUCCCUUGCAUUAUGCUUGUCAGUACGGCUUAUCUGAAGUUACAGCAUUGAUUAUUAAGCUGAUGAAAGAAUGGAACGUAUGGAAAGGUUUUCCUAUCGAUGAUGUUUCCGCAUUCGGAGAUUCUGAAUCUUUGACACCUUUACAUUUGAGUGUGUUGGGCGCCCAUCCGAGAGCCACGGGAGUUUUAUUACAUUCAUUGGAUCCAAACGUAAAGCUAAAAAGUUCAAGUUUGCUACACUUAGCUACAGAAUGGAAUAAUUACCCCCUUUUACAUGUCCUUUUAUCCUCAAAAAGGUUUGAUAUAAAUUACCAAGAUAACGAACUGCAUGAGACGCCAUUGUAUCUUGCUUGCAGGUUAAAUUUCUUUGAAGCAGCUGUUUGUUUAUUGUAUAAUGGAGCUGACCCUGAAAUUAAAGAGAAAAUAUUUGGUUGGACAGCAGUGUUCGUUGCAGCAGCUGAAGGGUUUAAGAAGAUUAUUAGUCUUUUAGUGGCUAAUUGUGUGAAUUUUGAUAUUGAAGACGAAGGCGGAUGGACGCCGAUGGAACAUGCUGUACUACGUGGUCACCUAGACGUUGCUGAUAUGGUUCAAAUCAAAGAUGAAUUAGUAACACAUCCUCAAUCGCAAUUAAACAGUGGUAGCGAAGACAAGGAGAAGUCAAAUGCGAUUACUUCUGAAAAAUCAGACGACAGAAAUGAAAACGGGAAUGGAAUAAAUAAAGGACCUUUAGGACCAAUCAAGUCGUAUGGACAUAGGUUUUUGAGCAAAAAUGAAUCUCUGAUAUUAUUAACGUUGGGAAGUAAUGAUACAAGAAACAGAGGCCCUUCGAUUUUAUUAGAUCAAGAGGCACUAGCAAAGGUCAUAGGUUUGGAGACAGAAUGUGCGUUAUCACUGGUAAUUUCGUGUAGUGAUUCGAUUGAUAAGUUUUCCACGAUUAUAGACCUACCAUUAGAUGAUAAUGUGGAUGCAGUAGACUUCAAAGUACCAUUCAAAGCCGAUUAUUCUCAUACAUUAUAUUUUGAUAUUGUCCCCACAUAUGGAACACAUUCAUUGGAGUCAAAAAACAAUAUCGAUUGCCAAAAGGAUAAUAAUAAUCACGUGAUGGGGAGGGGUGUUUCCAUGUUGAACAAGUCACAUAGCUCAGUGGGAGUUAAUAGAAGUGUGUUAAAUGGGAAUAUGACCACCCCUAUCAUUGCCAACCAUACAUUAGAGGUACUCGGAACGUUGAAAUUUGAAUAUAUUAUUAUAACGCCAUUCGAACAUGCAAAGCUUCCUUUAGAAAGAACAGAAACGUAUUGGAAGUCCUUGGUAGCGACACGGGUUAUAGGGCAUAGAGGAUUGGGUAAAAAUAAUCCUAACAAAUCGUUACAAAUUGGGGAGAAUACGGUCGAGUCUUUCAUCAUGGCAGCUUCUUUAGGCGCAUCAUAUGUGGAAUUCGAUGUUCAACUGACGAAGGACAACGUACCAGUGGUAUAUCAUGAUUUCUUAGUAGCUGAAACGGGUGUUGACAUUCCCAUGCAUGAGUUGACACUAGAGCAGUUUUUGGAUUUAAACAAUGCGAAUAAAGAGCAUACUCAACGAGACGCCGGUCGUUCAACUCGCCAUGUUAAUGGGGUAGAAAUGGCAUUACAGAAAAACAGAAGACGUUCAGUGGAUGAUUCUAACGUCAACACAUUGAGAAGGGCUUGGGAUUUACAUAACGUUGACCCAGAGGAGAGAUCCAACAAUGCCAACUGGUCCAACAACCGAAUGAGGCUAACCAAGACAUUCAAGAAGAACAAUUUCAAGGGGAACGCCAGAGGCCACUCGAUAGCGUCAUCUUUUGUUACCUUGAAGGAACUGUUCAAGAAAAUUCCAGCCAACGUCGGCUUCAACAUCGAAUGCAAAUUCCCCAUGCUUGACGAAGCCGAAGAAGAGGAAUUGGGACAAAUCGUGAUGGAAAUGAACCACUGGGUAGACACCGUGCUGCAGGUGGUGUUUGAUAACGCGAAUGGCAGGGACAUAAUCUUUUCGUCAUUCCACCCAGAUAUCUGCGUCAUGUUGUCAUUAAAGCAACCGGUGAUUCCAAUAUUGUUCUUAACCGAGGGCGGUAGUGAGAAGAUGGCGGAUUUGAGAGCGUCAUCGUUGCAAAACGGAAUAAGGUUUGCCAAGAAAUGGAACUUACUGGGGAUUGUGUCUGCCGCUGCGCCCAUUUUAAAGGCGCCGCGGUUGGUGCAAGUGGUCAAAUCGAAUGGGUUGGUAUGCGUUACCUACGGUGUUGACAACAAUGAUCCCGAGAACGCAAGUAUUCAAAUUGAAGCUGGUGUGGACGCGGUUAUCGUUGACAGCGUGCUAGCAAUUAGGAGGGGGUUGACCAAGAAAUACGAAAAGUAA